GAUUUUGCCUUGGAAAGUUAGGGUCUUCACGACCAUGCUGCCUUAACGUUCGACGCCCGUAGUGUUGGAGUGGGUUUGGGUGAUUUUUUUUUUUUUUCAUUUUCACAAAAACCGCCAAGUUUGUAAUAAUGAAUAUCGUGACGUGUGUAGCGCCGGUUAAUAUCGCUGUGAUUAAAUACUGGGGAAAACGAGAUGAAAAUUUAAUUUUACCGAUAAACGAUUCCAUCAGCGCGACUCUUCACACGGACCACCUAUGCGCGAAAACUACUGUGAUGGCAAGCGCGGAUUUCAAAGAGGAUCGAAUUUGGCUGAACGGAAAAGAGGAAUCUAUUAACAACAAGCGACUUCAAAAUUGUCUCGAAGAAAUGCGAAAACGGGCGAAACUAACGACCGACAUCGGAUCUUGGAAAGUUCACAUAUGCUCGGAAAAUAAUUUUCCGACUGCUGCUGGGCUCGCCUCAAGUGCUGCUGGAUACGCCUGUCUGGUAGCCGCAUUGGCGGGACUAUAUAAUGUGGAGGAUAACAUAAGCGCCGUGGCUCGUUCGGGUUCGGGAUCGGCCUGUCGCAGCGUAUUCGGAGGAUUUGUUCGUUGGUACAUGGGAUCUGAACCGAACGGUAGCGACAGUAUAGCGAAACCGUUGGUGUCACCGGAUCAUUGGCUGGAAAUGAGAAUUCUUAUAUUAGUGGCGAACGACGAGUCGAAAAAAGUUCCAAGCGCUAUCGGGAUGAAGCGAAGCGUCGAGACCUCCGACUUGCUGAAACAUCGCGCUGAAAUAUUAGUACCGCGAAAAGUGGAUGGAAUCACGAAGGCGAUACUGGAAAAAGAUUUCCCAAAAUUUGCCGAACUAACGAUGAAGGACUCCAAUCAAUUUCACGCCACGGCUUUGGAUACCUAUCCCCCUUGCGUUUACAUGAACGAUACUUCACACGCUAUUGUAGAACUCGUUCACGCUUACAAUGAGGCAUCUAAAGAAAUAAAAGUAGCGUAUACCUUCGACGCAGGACCAAACGCGACCCUGUUUCUUCUGGAAAAAAAUGUUGCCGAGGUCGUAGGUGUGGUAAAACAUUUUUUCCCACCACGUAUCGAAGGCGACGUUGGCGUAGAGUAUCUGAAAGGAAUUCCUGUGGAAUCUACAAAAAUUGCUGAGGAUUUGAUAAAAAGGAUCGAUGUGAAGCGACAGGAUGCAGGGAAAUUGAAAUACCUGAUUCAUACGCGAGUCGGCGAUGGACCUAAAAUACUGAGGGACCAAAAGGACCAUCUUUUGGAUAACAGCGGAUUACCAUUGAGAAUAAAUAAUUAGAACAAUCGAUCCAAAGAAUCGCAAAUGUAUUUUUUUAUAUUGAUUUAGAAUGUAACUUCCAAAUAUAUUUCGAAUAAAUUGAAUCAAAUAUUUUAUCGACA